UGUCUCUUGGUUGGCGUCACUUCCGGUUCUCUGUCAGUCGCGAGCGAGCAAGCAGGAGGGUGUUCGACUGUGGGAGCGGAGCAAUGCCAAAAUCAAAGGAACUUGUUUCUUCAAGCUCGUCAGGCAGUGAUUCUGACAGUGAAGUUGAUAAAAAGUUAAAGAGGAAAAAGCAAGUUGCUCCAGAAAAACCUUUAAAGAAACAAAAGACUGGAGAAACUUCGAGAGCUCUGUCAUCUUCCAAACAGAGCAGUAGCAGCAGAGAUGAUAACAUGUUUCAGAUUGGGAAAAUGAGGUACGUUAGUGUUCGGGACUUUAAAGGGAAAGUUCUAAUUGAUAUUAGAGAGUAUUGGAUGGAUCCAGAAGGUGAAAUGAAACCAGGGAGAAAAGGUAUUUCUUUAAAUCCGGAACAAUGGAGCCAGCUGAAAGAACAAAUUUCUGACAUUGACGAUGCAGUAAGAAAACUGUAAAAUCCGAGCCAUAUAAUAGCUGUACUGUUCUAGUUGUUUUAAUCUGUCUUUUUACAUUGGCUUUUGUUUUCUAAACGUUGUUUUCCAAGCUAUUGUAUAUUUGGAUUGCAGAACAAUUUGUAAGAUGAAUACAUUUUUUUAAUGUGCAUUAUUAAAAAUCUUCUGAGUGAAGCUAAUUGUCAACUUUAUUAAGGAGUAUUGUUUUGUGCCUAUCAUCUAGUAUAAAAUAAAUUCAAGUAAUACAAUCUUAACUGUUGUGGCCCUUUUUGAUCAGAAGAGUUGGUACUGGUUAAGGCCAAAAGUAACAGUUUUAUAGACCUUUUAGUUUCAACUCAGCUUUUACAUUAAGCAGGAUUUGUAUUGCACCGACUUUAUAAACUUUUGGUUUAUGAAAUCCAUACUUGAUCUGUUCUCUUCCAAACAGAUGUCUGGACUUGUUUGACUUUUCCACUCUGAUGCUUAACUUUUCUUUAUUUUCCUUUAAUAUUUUCAUGUUCAGUUUUUAUUUCGCUCACUCCUUACUCUUUUCCUUGAAUAUAUUAUGCUACUUUGGAAAGUCAGUGAAACUGUCAAAAAUUUAUCUCAAUAAGGUACUUAAUUAAAAUAUUUGAGAUCUAUAAUCACUAAAUCCUACUGUAUUAAAUAUUAGCAGAUAUAGUUUGAUACACAACAUGGCUUGUAUGAAAACUUUGAGCAAGUGUAUGUCAUUACCCAUAGUGGUCUGUGUAGUUAUCACUUAGUCUGCAGAAAAUAAUGACUCCAGAUAUCUGAUUUGCUUUUACUUAUUAAACAUGUUCACUGUGGGAUGAUGUCUAUAAAAUCAGAUAUUGUUAAACUAGUCUAGGGUUCAGUAAAAAUUGUGAAAGCUUACUGGUCUAAUAUUUUAUUUUAUAGCAUUUAGUAUGAAUUAUGUAUAGCCAGAGAUGUCACUGAGCUUUACCGUCAUAGUAGGUCAUGUGGUCAGUUUUUAGGGAAAAGAGCAUAUAGAGCAUAUAAUUGUGUUUUUCGCCUUUGUUUCAGUAGAGUUGGUUAUUUUUCAGUUAAUCUACUGGACAAUAGCAUUCUAGAGUUGAUGUUAAUAAGUUUUAGCAGACGCUCUUAAGUGGUUUUUAUUUAACCAUAAUGAGGAAGCAGACAGAUUGAGGCACAGAUUUUAUGGAAUUUGCAGCAAUAAAUAGGGCAUGGUGUGCCUUAGGAAAAGAGUGUUUAUAGAGGGAACUAUAACUGACGUUAAAGAAGGUGGCAGUGAAGGGGAAAGAAUUCUCUUCAAACUAAAUGAUAUAAAUGUGAUAUUUUGAGAGUUUGAUCACAUUGAUAGGACAUGAUUCUAGAUAGAAUAGUACAAAGAAAGUUUAAAGAUGUAAAAAAUUCUUACCGACAAAUUAUUUUUGGUAGCGAAUCUCAAAUGGUUACUGUAACUAAAAGCUGUCAUAUCAGAGAGUCGCACUGUUUCAGCCAAGUUCAAUUCCUAUAUCUAAAACAUUUUAUAGUAGAAUUGUCAAGGAUUUAAUUUUAAAACCAUCUGCCAGGCCACAUAUAGUUAUCAGUUUUUUUCUGGCAGCUAUUCUUUUGUGUUUUUCUUCCUUACAUUUUUUUGAAUGACUUUUUUAGUGUCUUUAGCAGUAACCUUAAUAGGUGCAAAUUAGUAAAAUAAAGAAAUUUCUGGUAGUUUAGCCUUCAUCAAAUGGUAGGUACCAAAGUGUUCAAAAUACAUAUUUUAGACAUUGUUCUUGAUCGAUAAUUUCCCUCUCCCUUAUGUGGGAACAUAUGUGUCCUAUUAAUUGAAUAGAUUCUUAAAGUAUUCCUUAUUUUUGGCACACAGAAAGGGUAGUUAGAACACAGAACUUUGAUUUUGGUGUAGAUGAAGAGGGAAUGAUGGGUAAAUAUCCUAGGUUUAUAUGAAUUUAGGGGGUGUAUGCAUUUUGAAACAAUCUAAUAGAGAGGCGGUGCUGAAAAAAAAUUACCUAGGCAGUUUCUAGCUGUUUAGCAUUAUGUUAAUAAAACCUUCAUAUAAGGAGUGUUUCUCUGGGACAGUUUGGUAAGUUGACUGCUAAAUCAAUUUAAAUAUGUUACCAGAUAUGCAAUAUACUGAAAUUAUUUGUGUGUGUAGGAAAGGAUGAGAACUGGGUUAAAACAAAAGACAGGUUAACUUGUACUGAAAACAGAAGAUAGAGUACUUUUUUUUUCUGUUUAAGUUUGAUCUCUUUGGUAAGAUUUUUCUCUGAGGAAGAAAGCUUGGCAUUUUGAGGCAUAGCUAUCUUACCUUGUAAUGCCAAAAUGAAUUUAAUUAAUGCCAAUACUCAGGUUUUGCCCUUUAAUAUACUCAAUAGCAGGGCUUUCUAAUGGGUUUUUCCUCUUUGUCUUUUAAAGUAUGAGCAACAUUUUACCAAUUUCCAGUGCUCUUGGCAUUUUAUUCAAAGAACACCACUAAAAAGAAAAACUCUUUGUAAUUUGAUCAUUCUCUUUUGCUUUGCUUCAUAAAUGCCUAAGAACUUCUUUUGAAAACUACUCCUACCUCAUUAGCUAGUCAAGAUUCUGUGAUGAUCAACUUAUUCUAAGUAAUAUAUUUAGAAACAAAGACUUAGGGGGAAAGUACUGAAAGGAAGUACAUCCUGGUUUUGCUAUUGAGGGGAAAAAAGAAAGAAUUGAGUAUUAUUUAAAUGUUUCUGACAGAGGUAUGUUGAAGAAUAAUGUAAAAGUUUGAAAUUAAAAAAAAAUGUUGACUAAUAUUUAGGUAUCUCUCCUGAAAUUCUUUGCGGUUAACUUUUUAUGGAAAUUAAUCCAGUGAAACACUCAAGUUUUUUUAAGAAGUGUUUUUCCAGAUAAACUCUAGGGUAAACAUUCACAUAAUCACAAAUAUGUAAUUCUGUAAUUGUGGAAUGCUUGUUUGCUUUGUUUAAUACAUCUUCCAUGGAGAUGUCAGUGAAUAUAAUACUCCAUCUGUGAAUAUUUUAAAUGUUGAAAUAAAAAUAAGAAAUGUGCACUUUGUGUUAUCCCAGUUUUACAUACAUGAA